AUGUAUCUGCGGGCGGUGGCGGUGGCACUCUUCAUGCUGUACUGUGGGACAGCAUCCAUCGGCAAACAGAGCACUGAGCACAGAGGUAACACAAGCUCCCUCCAGAACUGCAGAAGUUGUAAGGAAUGCUCACCUGACAAUGGCUGUUUGACCUGCCAGCAGCGACUCUUCCUCUUGAUUAAGAGAGAGGGGAUCCGACAGCAAGGGGAGUGUGUGCAUGCCUGUCCUGUGGGGCAUUAUAGCAUACGUGGACAGGCCACAAACAGAUGUCUGAGAUGUAAGACAGCAAAUUGUGAAAGCUGCUUUAGCCGUGAGUUCUGCAUCAGAUGUAAAUCUGAGCACUACCUGCUGAAGGGCAAGUGUUACAAUACAUGUCCAAAAGGGACAGCUCCACAUGCCAGAUUGAUGGAAUGUGUGGAUGGUUGUGAUGUUGGAUCCUGGGGCGAGUGGGGUCCCUGCCUGAAGAACCAACAGACGUGUGGCUUCAAGUGGGGCUUAGAGACCAGGACACGACAAACCCUGACAGCCUGGCCAAAGGAAUGGGAGCCAUGUGUAGCAUUGUCGAUGUCAAGGAAAUGCAGGAUAAAGGCGAGAUACUGCCCCGGGGGUAAGAAUGAUCCAUGA